AUGGCUGCCAAGCAACCUGCUCUGGACUUCUUGUCCUUUGUGAAUUCUGCUCCUACCCCUUUCCAUGCCGUCCACGAGGCCAAGCAGCUUCUCACUAAGGCUGGGUUCCAAGAAAUUAAGGAGAGAGACUCUUGGGCGUCAACCUGUCAACCGGGAGGCAAGUACUACUUGACUCGCAACACUACUACCCUCGUGGCAUUUGCGAUUGGCAAGCAAUGGCAGCCGGGCAAUGCCAUCUCUAUGAUCGGUGCCCACACCGACUCUCCGGUGUUGAGGGUCAAGCCCGUUAGCAAGAAGAGCGGGGAAGGUUUCGUCCAGGUCGGUGUUGAGACCUACGGUGGAGGCAUCUGGCACACUUGGUUUGACCGUGAUCUGGGUGUCGCUGGCCGGGUUAUGACUCGUGAAAGCGAUGGUUCUAUUGUGCAGAAACUGGUCAAGAUUGACCGCCCCAUCCUCCGUAUUCCAACACUGGCUAUCCAUCUGGACCGCCAGGAGAACUUUGCAUUCAACAAGGAAACACAGCUGUUUCCUAUCGCUGGCCUUGUUGCUGCAGAACUCAACCGCAAUGGGGGAACCGACACCCCUAAUACAGACGAGGGUGCGGGGUUCUCACCUUUGAAAUCUGUCACGGAACGUCAUCACUCUCAUUUUGUUGACCUUAUUGCUGCGGAGGCUGGUGUCAAUCCAAGCGAUAUUCUAGAUUUCGAAAUGAUUCUAUUCGACACUCAGAAGUCCUGUCUUGGUGGUAUGCUGGAGGAACUCAUCUUUUCUCCUCGCCUAGACAACCUGAACAGCACUUUCUGUGCUACAGUUGGUCUGAUUGACUCUGUGGCCGAGCAAUCAGCCCUCGAUAACGAAGAUGCGAUCCGCCUGAUUGCCUUGUUUGACCACGAGGAAAUCGGAAGCCGCACAGCACAGGGUGCGGACUCGAACGUGCUUCCGUCGAUUAUUCGCCGUCUGUCCGUCCUCCCGUCCUCCUCCAAGAGCACUGACUUGUCAACUGCCUAUGAGCAAACUCUGUCCACCUCCUUCCUUGUCUCCGCCGACAUGGCUCACUCGGUCAACCCCAACUAUGCGGGCAAGUACGAGUCGGACCACAAGCCGGAGAUGAACAAGGGCCCGGUGAUUAAGAUUAACGCCAACGCUCGCUAUGCAACAAAUUCCCCUGGAAUCGUUCUCCUUGAGGAGAUUGCGCGCAAGACCACCAAGGAGACUGGUGAGCACGUUCCUCUCCAGCUCUUUGUGGUUCGUAAUGACUCCAGCUGUGGCAGCACCAUUGGCCCGAUGUUGUCUGCUGCACUGGGUGCGCGGACAUUGGAUCUGGGCAAUCCCCAGCUCAGCAUGCACAGUAUCCGUGAAACAGGCGGCACCUAUGAUGUUGCCCAUGCCAUUCGUCUGUUCACUGGGUUCUUCAAGCAUUACUCAGAGCUGUCGAAGACGAUCCUUGUGGAUUAA